AUUUUUCUUAAAAGAAAGAAUCGCCGAUUCGGCCCAAACUGAGCCGAAAUCGACGGGCCAGUUCUGAACCCCCGGUUCCUUGACGGUUCCGGUUAAGUGGUCAUGUCGUCACUUUUGGAGUUUGAACCAUUGCCCUAAUUAAAGUUUCUUCGUAUUAACAAACAGUAGAUACUUUCCGUCGUAACAUUCAGCUCCUCUCGUGGGGCGGAGGUCACCGCCUUGUCCAGUUGCGGUUUUCCUACACUGUAAAACCCUAAAAUCCCAAUUUUCUCAUAAAUUGUCCCAAUCGCGCACAACAACUAAGAUUCGUUCCGUGUCCUGAUUUGAUCUAUCUGGCUAAAUAAUCAAGAGAAAACGUUCGAAGAAGAGGUGCAGCUGAGAAGGAAUGGCGAUGGUGGUGCCGGAGCAGCUGAACGUCACUGAGGUGCCGGUGUGGGGUUCUCGGAGCGUCGAUUGUUUCGAGAAAUUAGAGCAGAUUGGUGAAGGAACUUACGGACAGGUUUACAUGGCUAGAGAAAUCAAAACGGGGGAAAUUGUUGCUCUGAAGAAGAUACGGAUGGACAAUGAAAGAGAAGGAUUCCCUAUUACAGCUAUUCGUGAAAUUAAGAUAUUAAAGAAGCUUCAUCAUGAGAAUGUCAUCAAGUUGAAAGAGAUUGUCACAUCCACUGGUCCGGAGAAGGAUGAGCAAGGGGCGUCUGAUGGUAACAAGUACAGAGGUGGAAUUUACAUGGUCUUUGAAUACAUGGACCAUGAUUUAACCGGUCUUGCUGAUCGCCCUGGAAUGAGAUUCUCUGUGCCUCAAAUUAAGUGCUACAUGAGACAGCUAUUGACAGGGCUGCACUACUGUCAUGUAAAUCAAGUGCUUCACCGUGACAUCAAAGGUUCAAAUCUUCUGAUUGAUAAUGAAGGGAACCUGAAGCUUGCAGAUUUUGGUCUAGCUCGGUCGUUCUCGAGUGAUCAGAAUGCUAAUCUUACAAAUCGUGUGAUUACUUUAUGGUACAGGCCACCAGAAUUGCUGCUUGGGACCACGAAAUAUGGUCCUGCUGUUGAUAUGUGGUCGGUUGGUUGCAUCUUUGCUGAACUUCUUAAUGGAAAGCCGGUCUUUCCUGGGAAAGAUGAGCCCGAACAACUAAACAAAAUUUUCGACAUCUGUGGGACUCCAAAUGAGGAUAUCUGGCCUGGAGUCUCUAAGAUUCCAUGGUAUAACAAUUUCAAGCCUACAAGACUUGUGAAAAGGCGCCUUAGAGAGCAUUUCAGACACUUUGACCGCCACGCUUUGGAUUUACUUGAUCGUAUGCUGACCCUUGAUCCAUCUCAGCAGCGCCAGCAUGAAGAGAACACGAAACGCCAGAAGCUGCAGCACCAGCAACAUCACUCGCGGGUCCCGCCCAUCCAGCAAUCGGGCCACGGGCACGCCCAUUUACGGCCCGGCCCAAAUCAUCCCCCACAUGGCUCUCAGCCUCAGGUGGCGGGGGUACCCACCCACCACUACGGAAAGCCACGCGGGCCCUCGGCGGGCCCUGGAAGGUAUCCGCCAGGUGGCAAUAAUACCUCUGGGGGCUACAACCACCCAAACCGUGGCCAGGGUGGCAGUGGCUACGGGAACGGGCCUUCGGGCCCGUACCCGCCUCAGGGACGGGCUCCACCAUAUGGUUCAAGCGGCAUGCCUGGUGCGGUCCCUAGAGGAGGCCCGAACUACCCGCAUGGUGGGCCAUAUGGGAGUUCUGGAGGUGGUCGUGGUUCGAAUAUGGGAAAUCGAAACCAGCAGUACAACUGGCAGCAGUGA